AUGUACCCAACAUGCUUCAUAUGUGACUCUGACCAGAUGGGAUUCGACGACGUCCUUAAGGCGGUUCACGAGGACGAGGUUUUGACACCCGGUCAGCUGUAUUUCGCUUUCCCGUUGACCCAGUUGAAGUGGCCCUUACCGGUGGAGGAGAUGGUUGCGUUGGCGGUGAAGGCUGGUUCAGCACUAGCCAAGAUUGGUGGUGUUGGUGGUGACAAAUGUGGCUCUCGCCGGAAACAGAUUAUAUUUUUCUCCGGUGAAGGAAACGCUAAACCUUGCCGGAAAGUGGCGCUGGAAUAUGGUGGUGCGGGCGCUCAUGUUGAUUCGUCUAGGAAAGGAAAGAGUAGAAGUAGUGCUGGCGGUCCCUGUGGUGGCGAUCGCCGUGGUCGGCGAAAGUUUACGCCGGUGUUGAGUUCUAUACCGGAGCAGGAGUGUACAUAUUGA